AUGCUGAGUAAUAGUGACAAAGCUCUCACUUAUGCCAAAGAAGCACUCAACAUACUGUUACACCAUUUCUCUGAAAACCAUCCAAAUAUUGCAACGAUAUACAACACUAUUGGACGUAUUCAUCAUCAUCUUGGCAAUAACGAUGAAGGUUUGCAGAAUUAUCAAAAAGCACUUACUAUUCAGUUCACAUGUUUACCGAAAGAUCAUCCAGAUAUUGCAAUGUUAUACAACAACAUCGGAGGAGUUUAUCACGCGCGAGGCAGCUACGUUGAAGCUUUGGAAAAUUACGAGCAAGCACGGCAAUUUGGAACAAGAUGUUUAUCUAUAGAUCAUCCAGACAUGGCAACGACGUACAACAAUCUUGGAACAACUUAUGGAGAACAUGGGAAUUAUACUGAUGUUCUGAAUUAUUUGCAAGAAGCACUUCGUAUCUGGUCAAAAUCCUCACUUGAAAACCGUUUACAUAUUGAAUUAGUAUAUGAAAAUAUUACUGAAGUUCAUAAUAGUGAAGGCAAACAUACUGAAGCGCUAACAAUUAGUUUGGAAAUAUUGCUUGACACACUUCCAGAUACUACACGGAUGAAUGUCUCCGCAGAGAACUUUCAACAAGUUCAGGACAACUUUGAUCUGGGUCUAAAAUAUUGUCAAGAAAUACUUGCAGUUCAAUUAAGAGCUUCACCUAGUGAACCUCUGAGCAUUGCAAAAACAGAUCAUUAUUUUGGAUUGAUUCAUAAACGACAAGGUAAUUAUCCUCAAGCAUUGACUUAUUACUUGAAAGCUUUGGAAAUUCUUCCGAUUUAA